AUGAAAGAAUUUAAUUCAUUGAUUUGUUCGUCUGUUAAACCACGAGGACGACAAAGAGUUAUUUUUGGUGAAUUUAAAUCUCGAUAUGUUGAUAGAAGUUCUGCAAUGAAUUCUAUACAUAAUAAACGUUUAUCACAAUCAAACUCAUUUUCAUCUCCAUUAGAAUAUAUUGUUAUAUUUAAAGAAAUUGGAUAAUAUUAUGAAUUGAUCUUUGAUACAUUUCAUUUUUCACUUCUACCCGAUAAUUGUGAAGAUUUUCAUUGGAUAUUAAGUAAUACUAUCAAACGAUUUCCUAUUCUAGCUGAAAGUGAAUGUGAAACAUUAAUUAUUGGCGCUGAUAGUUUUACACUAGAUGGUCGAUUAAUAAUGAAUGAAAUGACUGAAAUUGAUAAUUAUUUCAUUGCAUUCGGUUCUAAUGGACAUGGUAUAGCACUUGCUGGUAGAGUUGCAGAUUAUAUAGCUGAAUUAAUACAUAAUAGAAAUACAAAUUUCAGAAGACAAUAUUCGUUGAAGCAUCCAGCUUAUGGUGAAGUACUUGGUUCUGAACGUCCACUAUGUUUUAAACCAGAUGGAGGAGGAAAAAAAGAUUUUGAAGAUUUAACAAAACAAGGUACAUUCGGUAAAGCACGAUAA